GGGAGAGCCAAGUGGGUUGGAAUGUUCUUUGUUUGCCCAGAGGUUCAAAGGUCUGAAGGUACUUGUGCCAGGCCAUGUAGAAACAUGGCAGGUGACCAAUGGCUGUCAACUUCAAAGCCAUGAGACUAAAAAAGAGAUGCAAGUUUACCGAGAUUGCACACAAGAUGUUGUCACCAGUUUGUGCCAUGAAGUUGCUUCUCUGUGCAGAAUACAUAGAACAAGCUUACAUGAAGAGUUUCUGAAUGAGGAGUUGAAAUACUUACGUAGUGCUGCUUCAGUUGACUCUAAACUUGUACUGUUAUGGUGAUGACCAAGUGAACCAACUGUGACAUGAAAUGAUAAAAUCACCAACAAAAUUGGUAUCAGAAUAUGUCCUUCAGAAAACAGUUCCAGUCUAACAAUCACCAUGGUGACCCCACCUCAAUCCCCUAAAUUGACUGUAAAUCGAUACAUUUCCGGAAAAUGGUGCACAAAUGUAUGCUUUCUAUUAGGGAUACUAGCCUUGUUGAUAAUUGCCCUAAUUGUUGUCCAAAGUAAGUCAGUUACACCUUAUGAUGAAGCAGAAAGAAGUACAGAUAGAGUUGAGGACAGUUUUAGUAUGUCGAACACUGAUGUUGUUGCUUUGAACAGAGGUGGUAUACCCGACACUAAGUCUAAGUGGAGUUGGUCUGCGUUGGGUGGUUUGAAACAGGAAACCAUCAAGUGUCGGAAAGAUGCCUUUCUACUUAUACUGAUUACAUCCUCUCCUGAAAAUUUUGUGAAACGACAAGGUAUUAGAAAAUCUUAUUGCAAUAAAAAGCAAACAGAAGCUAUUGGCGGAGUGACUUGCAACUGGCAGUGUGUUUUUCUCAUUGGCAAGACGGACAAAUACACCAUAAAUAAAAAUUUGAAGAAAGAAAGUGCAAUCAGCAGAGACCUACUGUUUGGGAACUACCUUGACAGUUAUAGGAAUUUAACUCUUAAAGUUCUUCAUGGACUUCGUUGGAGCUCUGAGGAAUGCCAUGCAAAAUAUAUCUUAAAGACAGAUGAUGAUUGUUUUAUCAAUACUCCCAUUUUAUCCCAGUUUCUGCUUUAUGAGAAUACUCUAACUAAGGGUCUGUAUGCCGGACAUGUGUUUGUGGAACAACAACAUCGUGAAGUUGUGAGAGGAAAUCCGAAAUUCAACAAAUGGGCAGUGUCAGAUCAAGAUUUCAAGGAACAAUAUUACCCAGAAUAUGUCAGUGGAACUGGAUAUGUGCUCUCCUGUGAUGUUGUGGAGGAUAUUCUUUCCCUUGUGCCAAAAGUCCCACCUUUUGUGAAUGAGGAUGCUUACAUCGGUACCCUUGUACACAAGCUUGGGAUUUCCCCAGUAAAAAGUGGGAGAUUUUCACUGCAGAACAAAUGGAAAACUUGUAACUUUCUCUAUUUUUUCAGCAUUCAUGGUGUAGGCAUUGAAACUCAAGCAGAAAUGUUGGGACAAGUUGCCAGGGCCAGAAAGACUUGCCAUUCUGGGGAGGAAGUAAAGUCAUGGAGAUAA